AUGUUUAAACCUCACCAGUUGGAAGUAGACACUUGGAAAGGCGAUUGGGGUUUGCCAUCAAUCGAUUAUAAAUGCCUCGAAGUUUUGGCUUUUGCUAGGUUUACAAAUGCGCCGAUUAAUAUAUACCAUUCGAACAAUCCGUAUAGGUCCGUUACUGGGCAUUUGCCUGUUGUGAGUUAUAAUAAGCGAUUAUUAAUGGAUCGAGACAGUUUAAUGGAUUGUCUUGAGAAGCAGAAUCUCACACCAGAUUUUGGCUUGACUAGUCUGCAAUUGGCUGAGGAACAUGCAGCUAUUAGUAUGAUUGAUGCUCAACUUGAACCAGCAUUAUUGUUUGCUUGGUGGAUGGACGAGAGUAACUGCCUUAAUUUUACUAAACCAUGGUAUAGGAAUGCUUUAAAAUUUCCAUUUAAUUGGUAUUAUCCAAAUGCAUAUGAAAGGGAAGCCAAGCACAAAAUCUAUACAUUGUACAAUCACCUAGAUUCUGACAAUGACAUAAUGACGGAGGUUUACGCAGAGGCCAUUAAGUGUAUGAAUGUGUUGGAAAGUCGUUUGGGCAACAAUUUCUAUUUCUUUGGGUCACAUCCUACAUUAUUAGAUGCUGUUGCUUACAGCUAUCUGGGGCCACUAUUAAAAGCACCUCUAACUGACAACAGAUUGCAAUCGCAUUUGAAGACGUGUAAAAAUUUGUGCAUUUGGAUAGACAGGAUAACUAGAGAAUACUUCAAAAUAGACUGGCAAGCGCAUAAAUGCAAUGAAAAAAAGAAACUAGAAGAGACCAAGCAGCAAAUGAAUGUCACACCUUGGUAUAAGAGAGACGAGACAAAAAAUGUUUUAAUCGGAAUUGUCACAGUCAUUACAAUGGUUGUAUAUUCAUUUAAAAUUGGUCUCAUUAGUGUAAGCGAUACAAGUGAUGAGGAAGAUGAAGAUUGA